AAUUCAUUAAUUAUAAUUAUUACUAUUUUGAAAAAAGAAAAAUACCAAGCUCUGAACAUGGCUUUUAAGGGUGUAUCAACAUCAGUGGAUAACAUCUUACCAGCUGUUGAGAAUUGUGGGAGCUGAAGUCCAAAACCCCUGGAGCACCAAAGGUUUGCAACCACUGAUCUACAAUGUAGUAUAAUACAGCUAAUGGCGUGGAAUCCUGGGAGUUGUAGUUUUCCAUGGUCUUUAUCAUCCUCUGCCAAAGAGCUGCUGGUGCCUCACCAUACUACAACUUCCAGUCUGCAUAAAACCUAAGCCUGCAUCAACAUUGCCUUUAGAGCGAUGAUAAAUAUAUCUUCAGGGGGCCAUGCUGGCUACAUCCAGAGCUUGUUUAGUCAAUUCAUCUCUUCAUGACCCUUCGAAAUGUUUGGGAGCCAAUGAAAAAUCUUUGUGGACAAACCCUCAAUCACACUGUCUUAACUACUGUGAUAAACAAGCAAUCCCCCUUUCCCCCCAAUAAGUCUUUUAAAAAUAUAUGUUAGGAAUGGGAUUACCAACUUUAUAAUCUUACUUUCAUGCCCUCUUUAUUACUAGAAUUACUAUUACUGCUGCAAAGAUUAAUAUUAUUUUCCCCACCUGAAACUCCUCUUUAGGUUACCUAUGGCUCUGCUCCAGUCAUGAAUGAUAACACUCCUGACCUCUUAUUCUAUCAGAUGAAACCACAGGAAACCCUCCAACAUCAAGGGAUUCUGUCUUUACUUCUCCAUUUUGAGUGGACAUGGAUCGGGGUCCUUGUUUCCAAUGAUGAAUAUGGAGAAAGAUUUGUGCAAACUGUGUUGCCAGUUUUUUCGAGGAGAGGUAUUUGUUUUGCAUUCAUAGAAAGGAUUUACAGACAUACAAUUGUGACUGAGAUGGGUGAUCAUUUCAAAAGUGGAGCUAAAACACGUGAUAAAAUCAUAGAGAGUGAGGCCAACGUAGUGGUGAUUUAUGGGGAAAAUUUUGUCAUUGAUUUCCUGAGAUGGUUUCCAUAUCUCUCAGAUCACGAACACAUGACAGAGAAAGGUAAAGUGUGGAUCAUACCAGCCCAGAUGGAGCUCACUUCAGUGGCGUACCAAAAAAACUGGACUACCGACAUAUUUCAUGGUGCUCUUGCCUUCACGAUUCACUCAAAUGAUUUGCCAGGAUUCAAAAUGUUUGUGGAGAAGAGAAACCCUUCCAGCACAAAAGGAGAUGGUUUCAUUGUGGACUUCUGGCAACAGGCCUUUGGAUGUGUCUUUCCAAGUCAUUUCUUUGGUGAGGUGACUGGGGAUACUUGCACAGGACAAGAAAAGCUAGAUAGCCUUCCUGGUGCUUUAUUUGAAAUAAGUAUGACCGGACAUAGCUACAGCAUCUACAACGCUGUCUAUGCUUUGGCUUAUGCUUUACAUGCCAUGUCCUCUUGUAGGUUCAAGCACAAUUCAGUGGCAGAUGGAAGGGGAUUUAAGCUUGAGAAUCAGCCUCCUUGGCAGAUUCAUCACUAUCUGAAAAGAGUCUCCUUUAACAACAGUGCUGGUGAUAAGGUUUCCUUUGACCGUAAUGGAGAGCUACUGGCUGGAUUUGAUAUUGUCAACUGGAUUAUUUUGCCCAACCAAUCUUUUCAUAGAGUGAAGGUUGGAAGGAUGGAUCACCAGGAUUCUUCAGCUGGAUCAUUCUUUAUUGAGCAUACAAUAAUGUGGCCACAUUGGUUUAAUCAGACCCAGCCUAUUUCUGUCUGCUCAGAGAGUUGCCUUCCUGGAUCUAGCAAAAAAGUGAAGGAAGGGGAGCCAUUUUGCUGCUAUGCUUGCAUUCCAUGUUCUGAAGGGAAAGUUUCAGACUUAAAAGAUAUGAAUGACUGUUAUAAAUGCACAGAUGAAAGCUAUCCAAAUAAGAAACAAGAUAUGUGUAUUCCCAAGGAUAUAAUUUUCUUGUCCUAUGAAGAACCAUUGGGCCUCUCUUUAGCCAUUUUGGCUCUUUUCUGUUCUGUGAUCACAGCACUGGUGUUAGGAACUUUUAUGAAGCACCACAGGACUCCCAUUGUCAGAGCCAAUAACAGGACCCUCACCUACACCCUCCUCAUUUUCCUUCUUCUCUGCUUCCUUUCUGCAUUCCUGUUCAUUGGUAGACCACAGAAGCUCACAUGUCUCCUCCAACAAACUGCUUUUGGCAUUAUCUUCUCAACAGCUAUUUCUUCUGUGCUGGCCAAAACUAUCACUGUGAUUCUGGCUUUUAUGGCAACUAUGCCAGGAUCCAGCACAAGGAAGUGGAUGGGGAAAAGGCUAAGCAUCUCCACUGUUAUUUCCUGCUCUCUUGUCCAAGUAGCUAUUUGUACUGCCUGGCUAGUAAGCUCUCCUCCAUUUCCAGAUGCCGACAUGCAUUCAAUACCUGGAAAAAUUGUGCUGAAAUGCAACGAGGGGUCCAUAACUAUGUUUUGCUGUGUUUUGGGCUACAUGGGUCUUCUUGCCAUUGUCUGCUUCUCUGUGGCUUUCUUUGUCAGGAAAUUGCCUGACACUUUCAAUGAAGCCAAAUUUAUUACUUUCAGCAUGUUGAUCUUUUGCAGUGUUUGGUUAUCUUUUGUUCCAACUUACAUAAGCUCCAAAGGGAAAUACAUGGUAGCUGUGGAGAUCUUUUCUAUUUUAGCCUCCAGUGCUGGACUUUUGGGUUGUAUCUUUUCUCCCAAGUGUUAUAUCAUCAUAUUGAGGCCUCAACUAAACAAAAGAGAACGACUGAUUAGAAGGAAAACUUAAGGAAACUUAAUGCUUAUGUAUUUUUCUAUAAUUUUUACAUAUGUACUUUCUAUAUACAGUGUUCCCUCACUUAUCACGAGGGUUACGUUCCAGGACCACCCGCUAUAAGUGAAAAUCUGCGAAGUAGGGACACUAUAUUUAUUUUAAUAAAUAUAGAAUCCCUCCCUCCCGCUCUCCCUACCUCUUUUAAUGUAUUGCUCAAAGCCGUGGGGGGCCGUGAGGGGCUGUGGGGGGCCAUGCCUCAGUCGGAGCCCUUUUGUGGGAGGGAAGGCUGUAUGGCCAUGUCCCAUGUCCCAGAAGCCUCCAGAAAACACAUGAAACUGCAAGUCUGCAAAAAGCGAACCACGAAGUAGGGGGGAAACACUGUACACAUUUUCAGACACGUUUCUCUAUUUCCCUUAUUUAGGGCUUCUUUAUAUAGAGCUUUGCCAAAUGAUCAAUAAAUAAAUUGCUUAGUUUUUAUUUUUAUAUGUAUGUCUUUUUUUGUCUUUCUGUUUUGUUAUUUUUAAUAGUCGCUUAGUUGUAGCCUCGUAGCAGUAGAUAAUGCAGUUGUGUAAUUUUUAGUUUAAUGUAUCUAAAAACAUCACUUGUAUGUUUGGUUUUUUUCUUGAAUAAAAUUACAUUAAAAGAUUUUGCAAAGCUGGAAAUCAUCUUGGAUAUAUGAAAAUCAUUUCACCAAACAUCUUCUCUUUCAGCACUUGAUUUACCAUCAAGUGUGGAGAAGAACAAACCACA